AUGCAUAUUGAAGUACAAGUCGCACUCAACUUCGUUAUAUCGUACCUAUACAACAAACUGCCAAGGCGGCGAGUGAACAUUUUUGGAGAAGAACUGGAGAAGGCGUUAAAAGACAAGUUCCUGGGUCAUUGGUACCCAGACCGGCCGUGCCGAGGGUCAGCAUUCCGGUGUCUGAAAACCGGUGGCCCAUUAGACCCGGUAUUGGAGCGAGCGGCAAGAGAAUCUGGAGUACCAGUCCGUGAUGUACUAGAACACCUCCCCCGGGAACUCACUGUUUGGGUUGAUCCAGGCGAAGUAUCAUACCGUAUUGGUGAGAAGGGUGCAGUAAAGGUUCUGUUCAGCAGCGACGAACGGGCGGCCGACGAGAGGACCGACAGAGAGGUAACCCGUGCGUUUAACCCGGAGGCGCAGUGUUUCCGGCCGGUAGAGCCGGUGGCGGCGCCCUCACCGCCCGCGCCCGCGGCCUUCUCUCCGGGGCCUCCUUUCCGCGCGCAGCCGCUAACCUUCACAACCGCGACCUUCGCGCAAACCAAGUUCGGCAGCACCAAGCUGAAGACCAGCAGCAAACGCGCCAACCGCAUGUCGCCCACCGAGUUCAGCAACUAUAUAAAGCAACGUGCUGUGCAACAACAGUUAGCGGCGCGCGCGCUGUCGCCGGCGACGGACCCCGCGGCGUACUUCAUGGCGCGGCGCGACACGCCCGCCCACCUCCUGCUCGCCAAC